CGCCGGGAGCGCGGGGCUGCGCUCGAGUGCGCUCCUGGGCGCUCGCCACCGCCGCCGCGCGCCUUUGAGUCAGCAGAGUCCGCCGCCUGCUCGCGGCCCGCCGGCCUCGCUGACGCUGCCCUGACCCGAGGAGCUGCGGAUUGAUUGAUUGGAUCCUGUGCUGAAGAUGUUUCCAGAACAACAAAAAGAGGAAUUUGUGAGUGUCUGGGUCCGAGAUCCCAGGAUCCAGAAGGAGGACUUUUGGCAUUCUUACAUCGACUAUGAGAUAUGUAUUCAUACUAACAGCAUGUGCUUUACAAUGAAGACGUCCUGUGUACGGAGAAGAUACAGGGAGUUCGUGUGGCUGAGACAGCGACUGCAGAGUAACGCCCUGCUCGUGCAACUGCCAGAACUUCCAUCUAAAAACCUGUUUUUCAACAUGAACAAUCGCCAGCACGUUGAUCAGCGUCGUCAGGGUUUGGAAGAUUUCCUCAGAAAAGUCCUCCAGAAUGCGCUCUUGCUUUCCGACAGCAGCCUUCACCUCUUCCUGCAGAGCCACCUGAACUCUGAGGACAUCGAGGCCUGUGUUUCUGGGCAGACCAAAUACUCAGUGGAAGAAGCCAUUCACAAGUUUGCCUUAAUGAACAGACGCUUCCCUGAAGAAGACGAAGGAGGAAAGAAAGAAAACGAUGUAGAUUAUGAUUCAGAAAGUUCAUCCUCUGGGCUCGGACACAGUAGUGAUGACUGCAGUUCACAUGGAAAUAAAAUAAGUACAGCUCCACAGGAAUCUUGAAAAAGAAUUCUAAUGCUACUAUAUUAGGAAUACCAAAUGGUGUCCAGUCAUACAUAGAGAAGAAAGCCUGCUAAUAAUAUAUUCUUACCUAAAGCUCACUAUCACAGUAUUACGUAUUUAAAUUGUUAAACACGGUGGCUUCUUUUAUUAGUGGUACAUGUUUUUACGCUGUCUGACUUUACCCAAGCUUCUGUAUAAAGCUAAAAGCCUGUGAAUGCCAUACUUUCUUUUAUCACCAAAUAUUAUUGGUAAACAAGAUCCUGCCUUCCAGUGAAUGCUUUAUAUGUGUAAAAAAAAAUCCCUAGCUGGUUUUAUUGAGCUCUAAAAGAUAGUAUAUAGGUAGCAUUUAAAAUCCAGCUAGAGCAGUCCUUCUGUAUCAAGGGGGCAGUUACUGUAAACGCCGCAUGUGUGAUGUUGGCCACUGUGAGGAGAAGAGCGUGGACCAGACUGCCUCGGACAUGGGGCAGGUAUUCUGUAGAUACCUUCUCUGCACUGGCAAAACACUGAAAUAUUUAAGAGUAAUUAAUCUUUCAAGUAUUGUGUUUUACCCUGUGAUGGAAAAUGUAUCUUAUGAAUAAAGAUGUAUUAAGAUAAUGCUUACAUCUUAAUGAAAACAGAAAUAGUGCUAGCCAUUUUACUUAUGUUUGCAGUAUGUACACCAAGAAUGCAUUUUCAUUGUCUAAAAUCAGCUUAAAGAAAUGGUUUCUGAAACCAAAUCAUUUGGUUUUAUUAUUAUCGUGUCAGUAGAAUUACAGGUUAAUGAUUUAUUCUCUGACCAAUGUAAUUUCUAGUCACUACGUAACUUUCAUUAUCAGUGAUGGCUUCUUACUACUCACGUCAGAAGGAGGAUCUUACGAAAAUUACUAAAUUUAAUUUUAUGAAUAAACAUUCCCAUCAUUUUGAAAAGGAUGUCAACUUGCCAAUUUCAGAGUGCAUCAUUCAUUUUUAAAAAGGCUUUUCUUUUUUGGCACCAAUGAAGGUUGAUAUUUUAAUAAAAUGUCUGUAUAUGCACGUGUGGCCCAGAGAUAAAAUGCCUUAGAUAAACUACUUUGAACUUCAAAUUUCAGAUGAGGCAGCAUUUUUCCAAGUUUCCUCCUGAUUGAAUAGUACAAAGUAUCUCUAUGAAUCUAAUGGGCAGAUAUUUUCAAGCAGCUGGGAUAACUUGUUGCUUUAAUGUUACCUAUUAAAUGGGAACAAAGGCUGCUACAGAAGUCACCUUUUUAUUUUAACUGAGAGUUUAAAAAUUAUGAUAGUAUUGAAAGUAUUCUAAGUGCCUGUUUCGAAGAACAACAAAAAAACAGAAAACUAAGAUCCAGCAGAAGUAAUUUAGAUUAAGAAUGAUUUAACUUCUCCUUUUCUGAUCUAAAACCUCAUUAAAAUGUUGUAGAAUGUUGGUUUAACAUACUUUACAUUCUAUGAUUUUAUCAUCUAAGACUUUUAUCAUUGUUUUAAUGCAGGGGGGUAAAAACCAAUUAGGAACUUUGCUGCCACACCACAUAUGCCACGAAGCUCCAGGGCAGUCCAGCUUCUCACCAGUACGCAUUUGAAUUGACACUACUGCUCUUUCACAGCAUUUUGAAAAGCAUAUAUUGUGCUACCAGUUGUCAUAUUAUUUUUAAACGAUGUAACACAGCCAUCAAAUGAAGUAUGGACUCAUGUGCGGGAUGCAGACUUCACGCGCUCAUUGUGUUCCCAUUAAACAAGUAAAAUAUCA